AUUUGGCUAACGUUAGCCAAUACAGUAGGCUAAAUUUUUAUCUGACAUUUCAUAAAAGUAGGCUAACUUUUAGUUAGCUUUUACAAGUUCAUCGAUGGCUUCCUCGCCGCAGAAAUCUCCAUCUUCUCCUAAAUCACCGACCCCAAAAUCUCCGCCUUCAAGAAAGAAAGAUGAUUCGUUUCUGGGGAAACUUGGAGGAACUUUGGCAAGAAGGAAAAAGGCAAAGGAAGUGUCGGAGCUCCAAGAGGAGGGGAUGAACGCCAUCAACCUGCCCCUGAGCCCCGUCCCUUUCGAGCUGGACCCCGAGGACACCAUGUUAGAGGAGAAUGAGGUGCGCACUAUGGUCGACCCCAACUCCAAGAAUGACCCCAAACUGCAGGAGCUGAUGAAGGUGCUCAUAGACUGGAUCAACGACGUGCUGGUGGGGGAGCGGAUCAUAGUGAAGGAUCUGGCUGAGGACCUCUACGACGGGCAGGUCCUGCAGAAGCUCUUUGAAAAGCUGGAGGGGGAGAAGCUGAAUGUUGCCGAGGUGACGCAGUCCGAGAUUGCCCAGAAGCAGAAGCUGCAGACGGUCCUGGAGAGAAUCAACGACACACUGAGGGUCUCGUCCAGGAACGUCAAGUGGACCAUUGACUCGGUCCAUGCAAAGAGCAUGGUAGCCAUCCUUCAUCUGUUGGUGGCCCUUUCCCAGCAUUUCCGAGCUCCUAUACGACUCCCAGAUCAUGUGUCCAUUCAAGUUGUAGUGGUCCAGAAACGUGAGGGAAUUCUGCAGUCUCGCCAAGUCCAGGAGGAGAUCACUGGAAACACUGAGGCUUUGUCUGGCAGACAUGAGAGGGACGCCUUUGACACUCUGUUUGACCAUGCUCCGGACAAGCUGAACGUGGUGAAGAAGACUCUCAUCACCUUUGUGAAUAAGCACUUGAACAAGUUGAACUUGGAAGUGUCAGAGCUGGACACACAGUUUGCUGAUGGAGUAUAUCUGGUGUUAAUGCUGGGUCUCCUGGACGGAUACUUUGUGCCCCUCUACAACUUCUUCCUCACCCCAGAAAACUUUGACCAAAAGGUGCAAAACGUGGCGCUGUCCUUUGAGCUGAUGCAGGACGGCGGACUGGAGAAACCGAAACCCAGGCCAGAGGAUAUAGUGAACUGCGAUCUGAAGUCUACGCUGAGGGUGCUGUACAACCUCUUCACCAAAUACAGGAAUGUUGAAUAAACAGGAGGCGCUCAGCAACACGUCUCCGGGGCAACCGGCCUUGUCAGCUGACUCCUCUCUUCACUGCGAUGGGUCUCCGUCCGCUGAUGGCACACAUAGACCGCUGUAGAUGUGAUCCGAGUAAAUAAUGUGUUACCCCUACAGACAUUUUGGGCAGAUAUCAAAUAUAGAGGUUUUUUUUUUUUGUGAUUUGAAUGUUGAUUCACCGGGUUGCUUUUCUUUUUGCGGAAAAUCCAUAAUACAGAUAGUUGUAUUGUUAACGAAAAAUAGAACAAAAUAAGUAAUUGUAGAAAUAGGUGUUGGAAAGCCAUAUUCCUAUCAAAAAUAUAUUUACAAAAAUUCCCCCGAAUUGCUGGAGGAACCCUUGAAGCUACACUCAGUGAGCACUUUAUUAGGUAGACCUGUACACCAGCUGGUUAAUUCAAAUAUUUAAUCAGCCAAUCAUGUGACAGCAGCUAAAUGCAUAAAAGCAUGCAGACGUGGUCAGUAGGUUCAGCUGUUGUUAAGACCAAAUGUCAGAAUGGGGGGAGAAAUGUGAUCUAAGUGACUUUGGCAGUGGAAUGAUUGUUGGUGCCAGACAGGGUGGUUUCGGUAUCUCAGAAACUGCUAAUCUCCUGGAAUUUUCAGGCACAACAGUCUUUAAAUUGUGCGAAAAAACAAAAAACAUCUAGUGAGCAGCAGUUCUGUUGGGCAAAAAUGCCUUGUUAAUGAGAGAGGUCAGAGGCGAAGGGCCAGACUGGUCAAAGCUGACAGGAAGGUGACAGUAACACAAAUAACCACACAUUACAACAGUGGUAUACAGAAGAGCAUCUCUGAACACACAACGCAUCAAACCUCCAAAGUGGAUAGGCUACAGCAGAAGACGUAAUAAGUCUAAAAAGUAAUAAAUACCUAAUAAAGUUCUCACUGAGUGUAUAUGGGACCAUACGAUAUGUAUGAUGGAUUUUACAUAUAUAUCUGUUCUUUUCAUUAUAAAACAGAAAACAGAUCAUUGACUGAUUUAUUGACUUAAUAUGCCUAUAAAUGUCUAUUAUAUAUAGCCUAUUUUACUGUUAAGCAUGUUAACGGUAAAAUGAAAUGAUUUGUUUUUAUGGUAUUUACAUCCUUAUAUACAUUAUCUAGCUUCUAAUGUUUUGAAAACAAAAGCUUGCUUCCAGCAGCUGUGGGUAAAUCAAACACGAGAACACACUGAGAGUGAAAAGUAUGCUAUUGCAGUGAAAUGAAAAAUCUAACUGUUAAAUAACAGAAAGGGGGCAGCACAGUCACCUCACAGUAAGAAGGCCCCGGGUUUGAAUCCCGGCCAGACUUUGCAUGUUUUCCCCGUGUCUGUGUGGGAUUUAGGCUAAUUGGAGUGUCUAAAUUGCCCGUGGGUGUGAGUGAAUGGUGUGUACAGCCUGUAUUCCUGUCUCUAACGAGGAAUAAGCUGCUUAGAUAAUGGAUGAAUGGAUGCGCUAACAGAAAUGUGCGUUUUAGCCUACAGAAUUACUUCCUUCUGUCAGAAUAGAUUGGCUCCCAGUCACUUCCUCACUAAAUUUGUAACUAAAUCAAAUUAAAUCAGUGGUUGUGAGACUCACACCCCUGGAUACCAAGAACAGUCACCUGCACUUUCAAAAAAUGGAGUUCCUGCAAUCCCACAGUGCAUUGCUCCCUUUUGCAGGACUCAUGUUUUUAAAAUGCAGAUAAUAAAAAAGCCAUUUGCCAAGCUGGAACCAAAUGAGUUGUUUUAAUUUAGUGUUCUGUACAUUAUUACUUUUUUUUUUUUUUCCAGUGGAGGUUCCUUCUUGACCUUCUGAAGUUUGACUGAGAUCAGCCACAAGGAUAUGUCACGUCUUUGAGAUUUACACCAUGAUUAUGCCAGAGGGCAUGGUGUCUAUUAGCAUGUUGGAAUAUGUGUAUCUUGUCUGACGUCUAUAAAGGUACAAUAGGUAAUUUCGGACUUAUAAUGGUCAAGAGAGGAAUUGCAGCAACAAACACGCUGAAACCACAACACUGUUUAUCCCUCCCCCUUCUCUGUAAACAUGCUGACGUUGAAACGCCAUUGGCUGUGGCAAUUAGAACCAAUUUUCAACCAAUGAGCUUUAUUAUGUUUUGGUACAGAGUGCCGGCCUGUCAACUGCAUUUUUGAAACACAAAUUUAAAGACUAUAAACACAGGCAGAGGGUGAGUCAAGUGAGCCUUUUUCAAUGAUAGGAUCCGAUUUACAAUGGUCUUACAAUGGUCUUGUUUUAACACAAAAAUCUUACCUGUUGUACCUUUAACAUUUAUAUUUGUUCUGUUUAUAUUUAGUUUUUUUGUAAGGAAGGCUGCGCUGAAGGAAGGUGUCCAUUUUGUGCUUUAGUUAGCGGUAUUGUAAUUCCAUAAGUAAGCCUGCUCAACAUGUGUCUGUCUUUUCUGUAAAGCAUUAGAGUACGUUUCUUCUAAGGCAUGCAAACAGAAGGUCUGACACACAUUUUUGGUGCUUAAUCAUCUUGAAUGCUUUUAUAUAGAUUUUUAUUGGACUUUUAAUUUCAUCACCUGUGUUCUGUUUGAAGGUGAAACAUCCUCAAAGUAUGUGCACUAUUCAUAUAAACACCGAUGACUCGAAAAGCUUAAAUAAAGAGAUCUCUGAAACCCA